AUGGAUCCUAAGGAGUUCCGCAAGGAUUUGUUUACCGUACCUAACGUGUUAACCAUGACACGUAUAGCCACAGCUCCAGCGAUUGGGUAUUUCAUUGUGAAAGGUCAAGUGGAUUGGGCGGCGGGACUUUUCACUUAUCUGUGCCUCACUGACUUCGUCGAUGGCUGGAUUGCACGCAGGUACAAUCAGAAACUGGUGGUGGGGCUGAUAAUUGAUCCUUUGGCAGACAAGUUGCUCAUGACGGUCUGUACGGUGGCGCUCUCAAUCACCCAUCAAAUGCCAGCUCUCGUUGCCACUGCCGUAAUUGGCCGCGACGUCAUGCUUCUGUUGAUGGCAUUUUAUUACCGAUACAAGCUGCUACUGCCGCCUAAAUCCUUAAGCAAAUUUUUGGAUAUCCAGGGAAAUCCCACAAUCACCGUCCUUCCAAACACUUUGGGCAAAGUGAACACUGCUCUUCAGAUGUUUUACAUCGCUGGGUUGGUUCUCCAACCAGUGCUCCAGCCGUACUACGAUAUGCUGACAGGUAUGGAUAUAUUUGGAGUGGUUGUUUUCUGUACAACCAUCGCCAGUGGCUGUUCUUAUGUCUUUGGCAAGCAUGCUUUCCGAUACGUCAAAUGA